UUUUCUGCUUCCGGCUCUCCCUGGGUGGAAAAUCGCAGGCCGGCUGGGCUAUAAAUCUCCGGCCGCGGCUACCAACCCGUUACCUAGCUAUGCGUGCGUGUCUCUUGCUGGCUUUCCCCUGGGACUAAUUUUCUCUCCUCUCUCACUCCUUCCAUCAGCAAUGGCGACGUUAUUCAAAAGGAGCAGAUGCCCGCAAGACGCAGAAAGAUACCUGCUGAGCGCAAAUGAGCAGAUAAUCAGCACCAUGGAGACCCAGGUGUCCAACGGCCCCACCAGUAACAGCGGCCUCCCCAACGGGCCGCCCCUGAGCGCCAACGGAGCGGCCGACGACAGCAAAACCAACCUCAUCGUCAACUACCUGCCCCAGAACAUGACGCAGGAGGAAUUCAAGAGCCUCUUCGGCAGCAUUGGGGAGAUUGAGUCCUGCAAGCUGGUCCGGGACAAGAUCACAGGGCAGAGUUUAGGUUACGGGUUCGUGAAUUACGUGGACCCGAAUGACGCGGACAAAGCGAUUAACACCCUGAACGGGCUGAAACUGCAGAUGAAAACCAUCAAGGUCUCCUACGCCCGGCCCAGCUCGGCCUCCAUCCGCGAUGCCAACCUGUACGUGAGCGGCCUGCCCAAGAGCAUGAGCCAGAAGGAGAUGGAGCAGCUCUUCUCGCAGUACGGCCGCAUCAUCACCUCCCGCAUCCUGGUGGACCAGGUCACCGGCGUCUCCCGAGGGGUGGGCUUCAUCCGCUUCGACAAGAGGAUAGAGGCGGAGGAGGCCAUCAAGGGGCUGAACGGGCAGAAGCCGCUGGGCGCCAGCGAGCCCAUCACCGUCAAGUUCGCCAACAACCCCAGCCAGAAAACCGGCCAGGCGCUGCUGAGCCACCUGUACCAGACCACGGCACGGCGCUACACGGGGCCGCUGCACCACCAGACCCAGCGCUUCAGGCUGGACAAUUUGCUAAACAUGGCCUACGGCGUGAAGAGUCCUCUGUCCUUAAUCUCCAGGUUCUCGCCCAUCACCAUCGACAGCAUGACCAGCCUGGCGGGCGUCAACCUGACGGGCGCCUCCAGCGGCGGCUGGUGCAUCUUCGUCUACAACCUGUCGCCGGAGGCGGACGAGAGCGUCCUGUGGCAGCUCUUCGGGCCCUUCGGCGCCGUCACCAACGUCAAGGUGAUCCGCGACUUCGCCACCAACAAGUGCAAGGGCUUCGGCUUCGUCACCAUGACCAACUACGAGGAGGCGGCCAUGGCCAUCGCCAGCCUCAACGGGUACCGGCUGGGCGACCGCAUCCUGCAGGUCUCCUUCAAGACCAGCAAGCAGCACAAGGCCUGAGCCUGGGCCUGAGCCGAGGGCAGGAGAGAGGAGCCGUGGCAGAGACUGGGCAGCCCCCC